UUUCAUGGAGCCCAAGCUAUAUUCUCUCUUUUGGCGGUGCUGGAAUCACCGUUCAUCAAAACACUUUAAGGGGGACCCCACUAGCGACAUUCUUAUCAAUUCAAAACGGUACAAUUGUCUCUUCCUUUGACGACUCUUCUAAUUACUAAAACUCCCCUAAAACUUGCUCAAUAAUCCUUCCUCUUUAUGGCUCUCUCAGUAACCUCAAAACCUCUCCAACCCAGCAACACUGGCGAGAUACAAGAAAGCGAUGGUUUCCAGAAAUUCGAUGUCGUUUCUGACUCCUCAGACCACCGCUUUAACAGCUACAAUACCAGCAAAAAGACUACUGGUGGAGAUUGCUUCACCAAUGUCUCUAGUAAGGCCCACAGAAGGAUCAUGCAAGAGUGGAAAAUGCUCGAGAAAGACCUUCCCGAUUCGAUUUUUGUUCGGGCUUACGAGAACCGGAUCGAUUUAUUACGAGCAGUAAUCAUCGGCGCUGCUGGUACACCAUACCACGAUGGACUCUACUUCUUCGACAUUGCUUUUCCAUCUGAUUACCCGUCUCGACCGCCUGACGUUCAUUAUAGAUCCUACGGGUUACGUAUUAACCCGAACCUUUACGCGAAUGGGCGGGUUUGUUUAAGCCUUAUAAACACGUGGCCCGGCAAAAAAAACGAGAAGUGGAACCCCAAAGAGUCUACAGUGCUUCAGAUUCUGGUCUCGAUUCAGGCUCUGGUUUUGAAUGAGAAACCCUAUUUUAACGAACCGGGACACGGGAUGUGGCCGGGUCGGGCCAUAUGGGAGAAGAGAUCAAAUUCUUAUAACGAGGACGUGUUUGUGUUAUCUUGCAAGACAAUGUUGUUUCUACUGCGCAGGCCACCAAAGAAUUUUGAGGGUCUUGUUAUUGAACAUUUUAGGGAGAGAGCGCACGCGAUAUUAUCAGCUUGUAAUGCUUAUACAAGUGGCCGAGUUAGAGUUGGGUUUUAUACGAGUGGUGGUGGGUCAACCUCGAGUUCUUCUUCUUCAACUGUUGAAGUAUCGGAUAAAUUUGAGGGAUCAAUCUCACAGUUGUAUCCUCAGCUGGUUGCCGGUUUCACAAGAAGUGGGGCUUCACUGGGGACUUUGACUGAGCAGUUGGUGGAGAGGAAAACGGUGUCGUAUAAGAAAAACCAGGUCGUAGUUAAAAAGAAUACCAAAUCCAAUAGUGGGGUUGCUAGAAGAGUUCUGGGGAAAUUGAAGAAGGUUUUGGGAUUGAGUAAAAAAAGUGGCAAAAGCAGCGUCAAAAAGACAACGAUGUCUUCUUGAAGGAUGUGAAAGAAAGGGUACAUAGGGCCUGUUUGGGACCCAGUGGGAAUUUUAAUUACUUAGCUAGGGCCACUUUAGAUUAAGUAAAGUCAAGAUUACAUCUUUAUUUAGGUUUUUGAGUUUAGAGGAUGAUGAUCAUGAUGAUGAUGAUGAUGAACUGAGAGUAUACAAUUUGACCCCUUUUACUGUUUUAAA